GGGGGGCGAGCCGGUGCGGAUGUCCCCGUGAUGAUGCGCUGCGCUUGGGCCGUGCGGGCCGCCGCUGUGGCCGGGAGGCUGCGCGGCCCCCGCGGCCCCGGGGCAGCCCGCCGGCUGGGCAGCAGCGCGCGGCGCGGGGCGGCGAGGGCCGCCAGCCCGGGGCGCCUGCUCAGCACCGCCUGGGCGCCCGCCCGGCCGGCCCCGGAGGAGGCUGCGGGUGCCGAGGACGAGGCGCAGGCCCCCGCACCCGAGGAGCCGUCGUGGAGGCCGCCUCCCGCACCCCCGGAGCCCCCGGAGCCCCCCGGGCCCCCGGGCGGCCACAGCCUGGUGCAGCGGGACAUCCACGCCUUCCUGAACCAGUGCGGCGCCAGCCCCGGCGAGGCGCGCCACUGGCUCUCCCAGUUCCAGACCUGCCCGCACUCCGCCGACAAGCCCUUCGCCGUCAUCGAGGUGGACGAGGAGGUGCUCCGGUGCCCGCAGGGCGUGUCCAGCCUGGCCUUCGCGCUGGCCUUCCUGCAGCGCAUGGACAUGAAGCCGCUGGUGGUGCUGGGGCUGCCCGCGCCCACAGCGCCCUCUGGCUGCCUGUCCUUCUGGGAGGCCAAGGCGCAGCUGGCGCAGAGCUGCAAGCUGCUGGUGGACGCGCUCCGGCGGAACGCCGCGGCGGCCGUGCCCUUCUUCGGCGGCGGCUCGGUGUUGAGCGCCGCGGAGCCCGCCCCGCACGCUAGCUACGGGGGCACCAUCUCGGUGGAGACGGACCUGCUGCAGUGGUGCCUGGAGUCGGGCAGCAUCCCCAUCCUGUGCCCCAUCGGGGAGACGGCGGCGCGCCGCUCCGUGCUCCUGGACUCGCUGGAGGUGACGGCCACGCUGGCCAAGGCGCUGCAGCCCACCAAGAUCAUCUUCCUCAACACCACGGGCGGCCUGCGCGACAGCAGCCACAAGGUCCUGAGUAACGUGAACCUGCCCGCCGACCUGGACCUGGUGACCAACGCGGAGUGGGUGAGCUCCAAGGAGCGGCAGCAGAUCCGGCUCAUCGUGGAAGUGCUCAGCCGCCUGCCCCACCACUGCUCGGCCGCCAUCACCGCCGCCAGCACGCUGCUCACCGAGCUCUUCAGCAACAAGGGGUCCGGCACCCUCUUCAAGAAUGUGGAGCGGAUGCUGCGGGUGCGCAGCCUGGACAGCCUGGACCAGGGCCGCCUGGUGGACCUGGUCAACACCAGCUUCGGCAAGAAGCUCCGCGAGGACUACCUGGCCUCGCUGCGCCCGCGGCUGCACUCUGUCUACGUCUCCGAGGGGUACAACGCUGCCGCCAUUCUGACCACGGAGCCCGUCCUGGGGGGCACCCCGUACCUGGACAAGUUCGUGGUGAACUCCAGCCGCCAGGGCCAAGGCUCCGGCCAGAUGCUGUGGGAGUGCCUGCGGCGGGACCUGCAGACGCUUUUCUGGCGCUCCAGAGUGACUAACCCCAUCAACCCCUGGUACUUCAAGCACUGCGAUGGCAGCUUUUCCAACAAGCAGUGGAUCUUCUUCUGGUUUGGCCUGGCCGAUAUCCGAGACUCCUAUGAGCUGGUCAACCACGCCAAGGGGCUGCCGGACUCCUUUAGCAAGCCAGCGUCCGACCCAGGCAGCUGACCCUCACCGCCAGCCCUGCAGGCCCUGGGGCGGCCAGGGUGGACCAAAAGCCAUGUCUGCUGGAGGUGACUCCGGCGGCUACCGGCUGGACCAGGUUUGUUGGCGCGUGAUCUGGAGGAGGAAGCAGCCCCUGCCCUGCUCUGCCUGAGGCGGGAGGCGAAGUGGGACCAGCACAGCAGAGUCCACCCGGGACCUCCGCGUGCUCCAAAGCCACCCCCAGGCGGCCUUACAUGUUCAGUCUAGGGAUCUGGGGGGAGGGGGGUCUGCCUCCCCAGGCUCUACUCAGGGCUCAACUUAGAGUAGGUCAGUUUCUGUGGCUUCUGUGCUGUGUUUUGAGGCUCCCUUGUCCAAAGCACAGCCCUCUCUGCCUGAUCUUCACCGCUCGUUUUCAUUCCUUUGGGUGUUGCAACUUUUCAGGAGGCCUUGAUUAAAAUGAAAAUACUCGUCUGAGUCAGCUCACACUUGAAAGGAGCAGUGGCUCUCUGGGAGCAAGAUGUUGUGGGCUGGGGUCUCAGGGGGAUUCUAGAAAGACCGAGGGGCUAAGCGCGAUGGAGAGCCCCCACCAUGUCCCUCAAGGCAGCCCCCAGAGGGGCUCCCCUGCUCCUAAUGGAAACACCCUCCAUCCCACAGGCCAGGCCGGGCCGCCCAGCUCCCUUUCAGGCAGGGCACAGAAUCCCCCCCCCCCCCCCCGCCUCUCCGCCUCCCCCAGCCCCCUAGAGGUGUGUCCCCAUCUUUGUGGGAGCAGACAGGCAUAGCCCAAAGCUGGAGGUUUCAUUGAAUACUAUGUUUGACCCCAUGAUGUCCCAGGUACCACACUGGUUGCUGGGACUACCUCCUGCCAGGAGGUGCAUGGAUGAGAAGGAAGAGGGUCCAUUAAGAGGCCACCGUAGCUCAGCAGGGACAGUGAGAACCAAACCCCCCGAGCAGCCUGUCUCCCCUCAGAGGGUGAUGUUCAGUAUGUAUACUCUGGGCGAUGGCAUUACAGCCUGACCUGCAAUCCAACUCUGUGGCUGCCAAGCUGCUUACCUUUUCCGAGUCUCCAUUUUCUUAUCUGUAACAUGUAAACCCCUUGGCCUCUCCCUCAAGGUUGCUCUCACCAAGGAUUUAUUCAAAAACAGCUGGUAUCAAAUGGGGAGGAAAAAUAAGCUCUAAGAUGGAAUGAGGUGAGAGGUCAAAAGAAUAUGCUACAGAGGAUUAAGGGAUCCUUGAAAAGAGCCAAAGGACUGUGGGAACGCUGAAUAGGGGGAAGAUUACGGGAGGGCCUGGAUGGAGCUUAACCAGAUAUGUUCUUUCAAGAAACCCCAGAUCAAUCCCAGGCAAUGGCAAAGUGCCCCAUGGGGAGAACAGAGAAGCAAAGCCAAAUGUCUACAUAAAAUGUUUAUUUUUGGA